AGUGUUAGCUGAGCUCUAUCACUGAAUGAAUCCAAGGAACCCUGCUUGUUGCUUUCUGAAAUGAAGAGCGGACCUUGCACAAGCAUUUCCAAGACUGCUUUAAUGUAUGAAGUUCCUCUUUGAAACACCAUGUCAAAUGAAGCCAGUUUGGAGCAGAAGCUUUCUACAACAACCCUCAGUUCGGUUGCUGUUCAGGCCGGGAAUGCCAGUAUCGUUAUAGCUGUGCUUAAGUGUGGAAAAUGGGUGAAGCUUCAGCUGGCUGAAUCAACACCAAAUUUAUUAGAAAUUGGCAGCAAUCAAGAUGAAACUAAAAAGCUACUACAAGAUCACGAACUCCUCCUCACUAAACUUAAGGCUUUGGAAGAUCAGGUGUGGGACUUGCUACAUGAAGCGGACAAGGCUGCUGAGGAGAACAAGGAGAAGAGUCAGGUGUACGAUGCCAUGGCAGAGACACUUGGGGAUGCGUGGGAUGCCCUCAUUGUUAUGUUAGAGAAGAGACAGGCACUUCUGGAACUUACUUCAGUGUUCUUUGAAAAUGCUCUGGAGUUUGCUGUCAAAAUUGACCAAGUUGAAGAUUUCUUGAAAAAUGCUCAAGAAUUUGAUAAUAUUGACACUUUAAGAGAACUCCUUCUGCAACAAGAGCAUCAUACAAAAGAGCUCUUGGAAAAAUCACUUGCACUUUUGAACAAAAGCCAAGAGCUAACUGAAUUCAUCGAAGAAUUCAAACAUGAGGGACCAAAUGCAAAUCCUGAGCUGAUUCAGGGAGCCCAGAGCAGCUGCUUGAAAAUUGACAAUCUCCUUGAACUGCUACAAGACAGGCGAAGACAACUGGACAGAUUUCUUAAGCAUCAGCGUCAAGGUCUGGAGCAGGUACUACAAAUUUGUCUGUGGCAUCAACAAGAGAACCAGGUAACAUCUUGGUACAAGAAAAACAUCAGAGAUUAUAUUUGCAAGCAAAACCUAGGCUCAUCAUUACUGGAAAAUGAAGAGUUACUUCAAGAGCAUAAAGAAAUGGAAUUCGGAGUGAAAGAAUGGAACUCCGCUGUUGAACAACUGGAGGCUGAAGCACUUAGGAUCUUGCUUUCAGAAGACUAUACAGAAAAAGAACAUUUAAACCUUUCAAAUCAGAAAAUCCAUCUGUUGCGGGAAGAAGUGUGUUGCCAUAUGGAGAAGAGAAAAGCAUUGUUACAAGAGGCCAAUGAUUUCUAUAAUACUGCUGGCAAGGCACUUGAUGCUCUUGAGAAUUACUUUAAAAUCUUUAAUUCAGAAGGGUUGAGUUUACCUGUCCUGUCAAUGAAGUAUGACAAAUUAAAGGAAGAAAUUAAAGGCUGCACAGCAAGUACUUUGCAAAAAGGACAAACUUUAAUUGAUAAAGCAGACUCUCACAGCUCUUGGGUAAUAGGGAUUCAGAAAAUCAUAGAGUAUGUUAACAAAAAAGAGGAUCAACUAAUCAGACAGUGUCCAGAUGAUAAAGAACUCAUGUUGAAGAAGCAACAAUGGACUGCCUCACUUGAAGAUAAUCUAAAUAAGGUAUCACAGUCCGUUAAAAAAAUCACCUCAGUGCUCGCAGUUGAUGUGGAGAUCGGUUCCCAUCUGUCUGAGUCAGAAAGAAUUUUGAAUGAACACCUUGAGCUGGCUAAUCAAAUAAAGGAAACUUCACAUGAACUGGAAGAAGCUGAAGAAAUCAUCAAAGACAUGAAAGAGUUUGAACCUGAGCAAUUGGCAUCUUUUAAUAGCAAAACUGUCUUUUUGAAUGAAGAACUGAAAAAAAUUGAAAGAAAUAUUAGCACAAAAAUAGAAAUCCUAACAACUUAUGUGGCCUUUUUAAAGUCAUCAAUGGAGGUGAAUGAUUAUAUUCAAAAUCUGAAGGAAAUCUAUCAAGCAGAACCUCUACAAACAAGCAGGGAGGCUGAAAAUAAAAUUGCAAUGGAGUCAGUUAAUACAAAGUGGAAAAAGUCUAUAGAGAAGUGUUUUUCCACUGAAAAUCUUGGUCGCAUUUUUCUUAAUUUAGUAAAUACGGUAAAUGAGGGCUUAAUAUUAAAAGUCGAAAAAUCUGUACAAGUAACAGAAGAUACCAUUAUUAAUUUGAGUAAAGAAAUGAAAGAACUGACUGAUCUUUGGGCAAUCUGGAAUUUUAAAAUUAAUCAAGUAAAACCCAUCAAGCAACAGUGCUGGAUAUUUAAAGAGCAACUAAAUAAGACUACACAUGGGCUACAGAGUCUUCAAGAGGCACUCAGACUUGCAUCAACAGUUGACCUUGGAAGCAACCUUUGUAUCGCCUUAGAUCAACAAAAACUUAACCAAAUGAAAACACAUUUUCAGCAACUAAAUGCUGAGUUUGAGUACAUGAUGAAGUUUUUAGAAUUACCAAGUCAGAAAAGAUUUCCUGUGAAAGAAAAUUCUGAAAGAAUAAGCGAGCUUAUUCACCUUCGUCAAAUGGUAAAGAGCACAAUGACAGAGUAUGAUGAGAUUUUCAACAAGACACUUAAAUUCCAUCAUGUUAAAAAACAACUGGAAUGUCUAUCAAAAUCAGGAGAACUGGAUUUUCCGGAAAUAACUGUCGGUCCUGAAGAUGUGCACCAUGCUGAAGCUUACCUUUUAAAUGCUCGGAAGAAACAUAUGCAUAUCAGACAGCUUUAUAAGCUGGUUAUUAACCAAGGAGUGGAUAUCUUGUCUGCAGUGCAGAAGCCUAAUUGCUUGAAUGUUUCUGUAAAGAAUCUGAAACAAGAACUUGCUCAACUUGAGUGUGACAGCAUUAACUGGAGCUCCAAAGCAGAUAAGUAUGAGGAAGAACUGUCACAGCAUUUCCAAUACUAUAUCAGUCAAGAGGAGAUAUAUGAGCUUAGGGAAUCUUUUAAGGACCUCAAAAAGAAAUUCAACAAUUUGAAGUUUAACUAUAUUAAGAAAACUGAAAAAGCCCGAAAUUUAAAAGCCCUUAAAAUACAGAUUCAACAAGUCGAUACAUAUGCUGAGAAAAUACAGAUUGUUAAAAAGAAGAUAGAUAAUUUAGAGAAGAAAUUCAUGGACCCUGCAACAAAUGAACCCAAUGUUAGAGUCUUCAUAGAGUCAAUCAAUGAGUUACAAAAACAGCUGAAUGAAUUUGGCAGAGUGGUGGAGGAUUACAAGCAAAAUCUGGGCCUCACGGAGCAUCUACAAAUGAUGAUGGAUGAGUGUCAAUUUUGCUUUGACGACGUUAGUGCAACAGUCAUUAGAGUUGGCAAGUAUUCUGCAGAAUGCAAAACAAGAGAAGCAAUGGAGACUCUCUACAAGCAAUUCAAUAAGUUUAUCGAGUCUACGGUGUCUCAACAAGAGGAAAAGUUUCAGCAGAUUAUAGAUCUGGCUGAACAGUUAUAUGGUUUUGAAGAAGGAAAGAAGUACGUUGAAAAAGCUGUAUCAAAGUACAAGGAAAUCCUUAAUUCUGUUGAUGAGUUGUGUAGAUCUCUGAGAGAAUUCAGGGAGAUUCAGAAAGAUGAGUUUGCUGAAGAGCUGGUUACUGUUCAAAAAGGAGGAAAUUGUCAAGAAGCAUGUGAGGACGAAGCAGAUGAAAAACAGCAACAGAUGGUGUCAGAUAUAUUGCUUAUAAAUUCAGAAUACAUUACUGAGAAGAGAAACAAUAUCCUGUAUCCUACCAACACUAAACAGGAGAGGAAUAAAUUGGUUGAUAUUCCAAUUAUCUGCCCAGCUGGUGAGGAUCUUGUUUCACAGGAUACAGAGCUGUCAUCUUCAGCCAAAGAGGAUAGUUUACAGACUGAAUUCCUGGCAGAAGAAUUACCCUCCGGAGAUGAAUACGAGUACGCCACCAGAAGCUGUCAGAGGCAGAUGGUCACUCGAGAAGAGAUUAAAACUGCAUCAGAAAAGAACAGCAUGGCCAGCCUAACUGGACAGGCGCCUAACUUCUCCCAGCUUCUGUCUAAUGUAACCGUCAUGGAAGGUUCUCCGGUAACUUUGGAAGUAGAAGUAACAGGAAUCCCAGAGCCUACGCUGACAUGGUACAAGAAGGGCCAGAAAGUGACUGCAGAUGAGCACUUAAAGUUUUCACAAAAGGAGACAAAGCAUACUUUAUUCAUUCAGAAGGUGUGUGAUAACGAUGCUGGCCUCUAUGUUGCUCGGGCUAAAAAUUCUAGUGGCACUAUAUCAUCAAGUGCCAUUCUCCACGUGCAAGUACAAGGAAAACAGCCAAAUUUCAUACAAAAAUUUGGACACACAACUCUACAAGAAGGAGAAGAUUUAAUCCUGCAUUGCACAGUACAUGGAAAGCCCAAACCUCAUGUCUGCUGGACCAAGGAUGAUAUCCAAGUGGUAGCUGGAGACAUCAGUAUUGAGAAAUUAGGAGAUAACUACUACCUCUUAAAAAGAAAUGUGGCCCUUGCUGAUACUGGGAAGUAUAUCUGCAUUGCCAGCAAUGAAGUCGGAAAGGCACACUGUUCUGCCAUAGUAACAGUGAUAGAGAAAAAUAAAAACUCAGAAGUUUCCACUAUAACUCCGACUAAAUCAGAAUGGGAAAAUGGGUACUUCUCAGGAAAAGGGAAUGUCACUGCAGCUGAACUCCUACAAGCCCAGGACAUGUAUUGUGCGAGAGGCCAAAGGCCAGUCGCUAAGCAACUCCCAGUAAGGUUUAAAGAGAAACUCUGGCUUCAAGGAGUGUAUCUUGAGCUUGUGAGACCACCAGAUGUUAGCUUCAGUCUGGAACAUGUUCCUGUUUUACUUCAGCCUACUGCCAAGGAUCAGAAUAUGGACUGAACUGCACCUGAUUUAUGAGGGGGUUCAUCUUGUUUGCUGUGUCCAUGUGUGAU